AUGGAGAAAGACAGGCUCCCUCAGUCAUGUCUCAUGCUACUUCUCCUUCUUCAAUUUUUCUCUGAUUUGCCUUCUUCCCCUCCCAGGCAGUAUAUGGUGCCUGUCCCCUCCCUCCUCCAUACUGGAACUGAGAAGGGCUGGCUCCUUCUGAGCCACCUGAAUGAGACUGUGACUGUAAGUGCUUCUUUUGAGUCUGUCAGGGGAAACAGGAGUCUCUUCACUGACCUCAUGAUGAAGUAGAACUUGUUCCAUUGCAUCACCUUCACUCUCCCAAAGAUUUCAUCCUCUUCAGAGGUGGCAUUCUUCACUGUCCAGAUAAAAAGACCAACACAAGAUUUCAGGAAGAGGAAAACAGUGCUGGUAAAAGAAUGCUCAAAACUGGUCUUUGUCCAGACAGACAAACCCAUCUAUAAACCAGGACAGACAGUAAAAUUUCGUGUUAUCUCUGUGGAUGAAAAUUUUCUUCUCCUAAAUGAACUAGCCCCACAUGUCUGUCACUCAUCAGGUGUAGCUGAAAUAGGAGUAACAGUGCCUGACACCAUCACCGUGUGGAAGGUGGGAGCCCUCUGCCUGUCCAAUGACACCGGACUUGGUCUCUCUCUUCCUGCCACUCUCCCAGCCUUCCAGCCGCUCUUUGUUCCUUUAUGGGUGAUGAUCAACGUGCAGGUGAAAGCUUCUCCAGCCUCCCUAGCUUCCCAAAGCGCAAAGGGAAAAGAUUCCUACUGCGUUUGUCGAAAUGAGCAGCAAACCUUGUCUUGGACAGUAACUCCUAAAACUCUGGGAAAUGUGAACUCCUCUGUGACUGCAGAGGCAGUCCAGUCCCUAGAGCUGUGUGGAAAUAAGGCUGCUGAGGUCCCUGAGGUUGGGAGGAAAGACAGAGUCCUUUCUUUCUUUUUACCUAAGCCUGAAGGCAUUGAUCAAGAGAAGACUUUCAACUCCAUGGCCUCGGCUUCAGGUAAGAAUGUAUCUGAGCAACUAUCCUUGAAGCUCCCACCAAAUGUGGUGAAAGAAUCUGCCAGAGCCUCUUUGUCAGUUUUGGGUGAGUGACAAUGUAAAAUGUCUGCUAUACAAAAUAUACAAAAGCUCCUCCGGAUGCCCUAUGGCUGUGGAGAACAGAAUAUGGUCCUGUUUGUUCCUAACAUCUGUGUCCUGAACUAUCUGAAUGAAACUCAACAGCUGACUCAGGCCAUUGACUAUCACAUCAAUGGUUACCAGAGACAGCUGAACUAUAAGCACCACGAGGGCUCCUACAGCACCUUUGAGGAGCGACGUGGCAGGAACCAAGGCAAUACUUGUUACACAGGGAGCCAUCUUGUCUCCAAUAUGAUGAUUUUUGAUGUGAAGAUGGUAUCUUGUUUUAUUCCUCUGAAAAAACAAAUCCUUCAGCUUGAAAGAUCUAGCCACGUGAGCAGAACACAAACGAGCAACAACCAUGUCUUCAUUUAUAUGGAACAGGUGACAAAUCAGACACUGAGCUUGUCCUUCAUGGUUCUGUAGGACAUUCCAGUAAGAGAUCUGAAACCAGCCAUAGUAAAAGUCUAUGAUUACUAUGAGACAAAUGAAUCUGCUAUAGCUGAAUAUACUGCCCCUUCCAGCACAGAUACAAAGCAUGGAAAUGUUUGA